UGCAAUACAGACACCCACACGCACACAGAAACAACUGGUAACUCUGAAACAGGCACAGACAGUGACACCCAGAAUCACUACCCUCCAACGCACACAAGUAGGGGCACCAUCCUCCAAACACGCAUAAGCCAGUGCUGACCUGAACAGAUAGACCUGGAGACACACACACGCCCUCACCCAGGCUCCGCUGUCGGUGGCCUCUGCACAUCGUCCCAGCCCCCACGGGGACACCCUUGCACACACACAGUCACGGACAGACAUAGCUCGCAUAGCCCCACCUCUAGCUGUGGCAGCCCCGACUCCCACAGCCUCCUUUGUGGGAGAGGAAGAACUCAGCCAACCUUGGAUGGAGCCCCGGUGAAGCCAAAAGCUCAGAGAGGAAAGGGUCUGGCCUGGCAUGACCCUCACCAACCCCUCCACUUCGCUGGGUGAUGUCCCCCGGCCCGGGUCCUGGGGCCUCUUGGCAGUACCAUGGAGCAACUGACAACCCUCCCACGGCAGGGGGACCCGGGAGCCAUGGAGCCAUGGGCGCUCCCCACCUGGCAGAGCUGGACUCCAGGCCAAGGGGGCGAGCCUGGGGGUGCAGCCCCAAGUGUUGCCAUCACUCCGGCAGCUCUGCAGGUUGGAGAACUGAGGGCUUUGGAGAGCUUCGAGCCCGAGGGAGCCCAGAGCUCCGGGGCUGUAGGGGACAUUCACCCCGAAGGAACAGAAACUGGGCUGCCAAGCCUGGGGCAGCAAGCAGAGAGCUCUGGACCCAGCUGCCCGAGGCUGGAGGACGAGGAGGUGGAGGCUUUCCAUAAGGGCAAGCUGGACACGGGCUUCGGGGACAGGCCCAAGCGGGAGCUGCUGAGGGCCCUAGGGGAGCUGCAGCAGCGCUGUGCCACCCUCAAGGAGGAAAACCAGAUGCUGAGGAAGAGCAGCUUCCCGGAGACAGAGGAGAAAGUUCGGAGGCUGAAGCGAAAGAACGCUGAGCUGGCGGUCAUCGCCAAGCGCCUGGAGGAGAGGGCCCGGAAGCUGCAGGAGACUAACCUGAAGGUGGUGAGUGCCCCUGUGCCCCAUCCAGGGGCCAGCUUGGAGUUGUGCCGGAAGGCCCUGGCCCGCCAGCGAACCCGGGACCUCAGUGAGAUAGCCAGCGCCCUGCUGGCCAAGGACAAGCAGAUAGCCGCUUUGCAGCGGGAGUGCAGGGAGCUGCAGGCCAGACUCAUCCUGGCCGGCAAGGAGGGUCCCCAGUGGCUCCACAUGAGGGACUUCGACCGGCUGCUGCGCGAGUCCCAGCGGGAGGUACUGCGGCUGCAGAGGCAGAUCGCCCUGCGCAACCAGCAGGAGUCGUCCUCGCCGCUCCGGCCGCCGGGCCCCACUGUCCGGAUCAGGGCAGGAGCGCCCACCUCCAGGGCACCGGGAGAGGCUACUCCCCAGGAGGAUGUGGAAAACCCACCCGCCGUCCUAGGGGAGCCAGAGAAACGGCAGAGGGUGCGGCAGCUGGAGUCAGAGCUUAGCAAGAAGCGGAAGAAAUGUGAGAGCCUGGAGCAGGAAGCCCGAAAAAAGCAGAGACGAUGUGAGGAGCUGGAACUGCAGCUGAGAGAAGCCCAGAAUGAGAAUGCCCGCCUCGUGGAUGAGAACUCUCGGCUCAGUGGGAGAGCCACGCAGAAGGAGCAGGUGGAGUGGGAGAAUGCAGAGUUGAGGGGCCAGCUCCUGGGGGUGACGCAGGAGAGGGAUUCGGCCCUUCGAAAGAGCCAGGGCCUGCAGAGCAAGCUGGAGAGCCUGGAGCAGGUGCUGAAGCACAUGCGGGAGGUGGCCCAGAGGCGGCAGCAGCUGGAGGUGGAGCAUGAGCAGGCUCGGCUCAGCCUUCAGGAGAAGCAGGAGGAGGUCCGGAGGCUGCAGCAGGCCCAGGCAGAAGCCAAGAGGGAACAUGAAGGGGCAGUGCAGCUGCUGGAGUCUACCCUGGAUUCCAUGCAGGUCCGGGUUCGAGAGCUUGAGGAGCAGUGCCGCAACCAAACAGAGCGCUUCAGCCUCCUGGCACAGGAGCUCCAGGCCUUCCGCCUGCACCCUGGGCCCUUGGAUCUGCUCACCUCGGCCCUGGGCUGCGGUGGCCUCGGGGACCGCCCGCCACCCCCCUGCUGCUGCUCUAUUUCCCAGCCCUGCCGGGGAUCCGGCCCCAAAGACCUUGACCUCCUGCCAGGAUCCCCAGGACGCUGCACCCCAAAGUUUUCUGAGCCUGCCCCUGCCACCCUGGCUGGGGUCGCCCGAAGGACAGCCAGGAAGGCAGAGUCUCUGUCCAACUCCUCUCGCUCUGAGUCCAUCCACAACAGCCCGAAGUCGUGCCCUACGCCUGAGGUGGAUACAGCCAGUGAGGUGGAGGAGCUGGAGGCAGACAGCGUCUCCCUACCCCCAGCAGCGCCGGAGGGCAGCCGGGGAGGGGCCCGGAUCCAGGUCUUCCUAGCACGUUAUAGCUACAACCCCUUCGAGGGCCCCAACGAGAACCCAGAGGCAGAGCUUCCGCUUACUGCUGGCGAGUACAUCUACAUCUAUGGCAACAUGGAUGAGGACGGCUUUUUUGAAGGGGAGCUCAUGGAUGGCCGAAGGGGCCUGGUCCCUUCCAAUUUUGUAGAGCGCCUGUCGGACGACGACCUCCUGACCUCCCUCCCUUCGGAGCUCGCCGAUUUGUCCCACAGUUCAGGCCCUGAACUCAGUUUCCUGAGCGGAGGUGGGGGUGGCAGCAGUAGCGGGGGCCAGAGCGUCGGGGGACGAAGUCAGCCCAAAUCCGAGGAGGAAGAGGAGGCUGCAGGAGAGGAGCUCAGUCUGAGCCCCACACCUGAGGGCCUGGGCGAGCCCCCUGCCGUGCCUUACCCCCGCCAUCUGGCUGUCCUCAAGCAGCUGGCCCACAGCGUGGUGCUGGCCUGGGAGCCGCCUCCUGAGCGAGUGGAGCUACAUGGCUACCACAUCUGCGUGAAUGGGGAGCUGCGUCAGACCCUGGGACCCGGGGCCCCCCCUAAGGCUGUGCUUGAGAACCUGGACCUGCGGGCUGGGUCCCUUCACGUCUCUGUGCAGGCCCUCACCAGCCGGGGCAGCUCUGACCCUCUGCGCUGUUGCUUGGCGAUGGGUGCCCAGGCCAGGGUUGUACCUAGCCAGCUACGGGUCCAUCGACUGACAGCCACGUCUGCUGAGAUCACCUGGGUGCCCGGCAAUAGCAACUUGGCUCAUGCCAUCUACCUCAAUGGGGAGGAAUGCCCCCCUGCCCGCCCCAGCACCUACUGGGCCACCUUCUGCCACCUGCGGCCUGGUACACUCUAUCAGGCCCGAGUGGAGGCUCAGCUCCCACCUGGAGGGUCUUGGGAACCAGGCUGGGAGCGGCCGGCGCAGCGGACUGCCACCCUGCAGUUCACGACACUCCCAGCAGGCCCACCUGAUGCCCCCCUGGAUGUGCAGAUUGAGCCAGGACCCUCCCCUGGAAUCUUGGUCAUCAGCUGGCUCCCAGUGACAAUUGAUGCGGUUGGCACCUCCAAUGGCGUCCGGGUCACAGGCUAUGCCAUUUACGCAGAUGGGCAGAAGAUCAUGGAGGUGGCCUCGCCCACAGCAGGCAGCGUGCUGGUGGAUUUGUCUCAGCUGCAGCUGCUGCAGGUGUGCAGCGAGGUGGCUGUGCGCACCAUGUCACCCCAUGGCGAGUCGGCCGACUCCAUUCCAGCUCCCGUUGCCCCAGUCCUGGCUGCGGCCUGCCUGCCGGCCAGGGUCUCCUGCCCCUCCUCCUCACCACGCCCAGGCUCAGAGGCCAGGCCAGCGCUUGCUCCAGCCUCCCCAGGGCCUGGGGACCCCAGCUCUCCCCUCCGGUGUCCUGAGCCCCAUGGAACUCGAAAGCCCCCUGGAGGCCCACCAGCAAGCCCUCCCAGAGAGGCCCCAAAAGGAUCCCAGGAGGAGCCCUCAGUACCUUGCUCCCAGGAGGAGGCUCGGGCAGCUGUGCUGGAUGCCUCAGAGGAUAGGAAGUCCAACAAGCCAGCCAUGGGUGAGAAGGCUCCUGGCUCUGCAGCUUCCUCGCUGGCCCAGGAGGAGGCCGAGUGGACCAUGGGAGAGGCCUGCCUGGCACCCAGUGAGGGCUCUGCAGCUUCCUCCCUGGCCCAGAAAGGGUCCUGUGCUGAGGCCAGCCUCGGAGGAGACACGGACACUGGGCUGAGGCCCAGGGCUGAGAAGGAGGACAUGGCAGAGCUCGGGGUCCGCCUGGUGAACUCCCUGGCAGACCACAGCCGGAACUCAGACCUGUCAGACAUCCAAGAAGAGGAGGAAGAGGAGGAGGAAGAGGAGCCAGGUUCCAGGAUUCGCUCGUUCCAGAAGCAGGUUGCUGACAACAGCCUCAGCGAGAAUGGGCCCAAGCCCCAGCCCCAGCCCCAGCCCCAGCCUGAGCCCUUCUCUGAGACUGACAGUGAUGAGGAGAUCCUGGAGCAGAUCCUGGAGCUGCCCCGCCAGCAGUUCUGCAGCAAGAAGCUCUUCAGCAUCCCCGAGGAGGAGGAGGAGGAGCAGGAGGAGGAGGAGGAGGAGAGGCCAGGGGCAGGCUCUUCUCCCCGAGACCGCAGCCCACCUGAGCCCAUGUUGCUGCGGCUGGGCUGUGACAGCAGUCGACCCCAAGGGCCUGGGCCAUGUCCCUUGUCUCCUGAGCUCUCCAGUGCCAGGGACCACCUGGAGGACAUGCCUGGACUAGUUGGUGGAAGCAGCUGGAGGAGAGGAAGUGGCUCCACCGAGAAGCCCCCAAACCGCAAGCGAUCCCCAGAUCCCCGUGAACACUGCAGCCGCCUUCUCAGCAACGGCGGGCCCCAGGCCUCUGGACGACCAGGCCCCAUGCGGGAGAGGGGCAGCCCGCCUGUGGGCGAGGGCACCAGGGGUGGACCCGAGGCUGGCGGGAGAGGGCGGCCGGCCCCUUCCCAGAGGUGCCUGCGUGGCCAGACCCCAGAAUCUGGCCUGGUCAGCUGCCUCUCCCCAAAGUGCUUGGAAAUCAGCAUCGAAUAUGAUUCUGAGGAUGAACAGGAGGCAGGCGGUGGGGGUGUCAGCAUCACCAGCUCCUGCUCCCUUGGAGAUGGGGAGGCCUGGGGCACAGCAUCCACAGGAAAGCCCAGGGGGGCCCUGAAGGCCAAUUCAGGCCCCAACCCCUAUGCACACCUCCCAGCCUGGGAGAAGGGGGAGCCAGAGCGGAGAGGCCGCAGUGCGACCGGCCGAGCCAAGGAGCCAGCCUCCCGGGCAACAGAGAUUGGGGAGCCCAGAGAGCAGGAUGGCUCUGGGCGGAGGGGCCCCCUGCGCAGAAGGGCCCAGGCCCCCAGGCCAGGCACCGUGGAGCUGGCCCCUCUGAGGAGCCCCCCAGAAGAAGUGCUGGCUUACCAGGACCUGCCUGUCAGGGUCUUUGUGGCUCUGUUUGACUAUGACCCUGCGUCCAUGUCACCCAACCCCGAUGCCGGGGAAGAGGAGCUCCCCUUCCGGGAGGGCCAGAUCCUGAAGGUGUUUGGAGAAAAGGAUGCUGACGGCUUCUACCGGGGUGAAGCCGGGGGCAGGGCGGGCUACAUCCCCUGCAACAUGGUGGCCGAGGUGGCUGUGGACAGCCCCGCAGGAAGACAGCAGCUACUACGGCGGGGUUACUUGUCCCCGGGCGCUCUCACUGAGGGCUCAGGGAAUGGUCCCUUUCUGCGCUCCACAGCCUGCUCAGCUGGGCCUCCCCCAAAGCCCCGCCGCUCCAAGAAAGCCAAGUCAGAAGGUCGUGCCCAGCACUGUGCAGGCCCCCCCCAGCUGGCCCCCUCUGCCAGCCUGAGAGCUGCCCACUCCAUGGUGGCUGCGUUCGACUACAACCCCCGGGAGAGCUCCCCUAACAUGGACGUGGAGGCAGAGCUGCCCUUCCGAGCAGGGGAUGUCAUUACUGUUUUUGGGGGCAUGGACGAUGACGGCUUCUACUAUGGGGAACUGAAUGGACAGAGGGGCCUGGUUCCAUCUAACUUCCUGGAGAGCCCUGGGCCCGAGGCGGAGGGCUUAAACAAGGAGCCUGGGACACCCCAGGCCGAGAGUCAGGACUGGACCAGCUCAACACAAGGGCCCCCAGGGCCCCCAAGCUGGCCCUAUGCCCCUGGCCCUGGCAGCCUCCCCACGAUUGGACUGGGGGAGCCACAGGGCACAAGGGAGAAGGUGCGGGGUCUCUUCGCCAAAGGGAAGCAGCUCCUUCUCAGGAAACUGGGCUCUGGGAAGAAGGAGUGAUGCCCUGGCUCAUCCUGUCGGAAGAAGUGGCCCCCUGAGGCCCUCAGAUCACUGUCCUGGCAGGGGCAGCAUAGGAAAGGCCCCGGACUUCUGUUCCUCUGAGCUAACACUGUGGCACUUGGAAUGGAAUCAGAGACUCCGUGCAGGUCAGAGCUAGAUUAGUCCUUGAGAACGAGUCCUCUGAAUGGGCACCUUCCUCUUAUAGGAGGGGGAGCUGAGGCCCAGAGAGGAGGUUGCUCGCCAAAGUGGUCAGUCACAGAGCCAGGACUGGACCUGGGACUCUUGACUCUUAGUCCGCCUUUCUACUCAAAGUUUCUCACCACGAGAUGCUAAUCCCUUCUCUGGCCCUCCCCACUCCCAGGACAGGGGACCCUGAGGGGAGAAAGGGGCCUGUUCCCUUUGCUGACACUGGCUGUCCUGAUCAUGUCUUCCCUCCCCAGAAAGGAAAGUUUGCACUGGAUUGUCCUGAGCCCCCUCCCCAUGGGGCAGGUGGCGGAGCCAUGUAUAUAUGUAUAUACUCAGUGCCUCAGUCCAGCUUCCUCCAUCUCGCUUCCACUGCACAGGCCCGGGGAGGAGAAAGGCCAUGCCAAAGCGGGCCUAACCCCACCCCCAGAAUGCUCCACCCCUCCCUGCCAGCCGGCCUCUGGCCCCUGUGUGUCCCCAACCCCAGAGACCCAAAGGGGCCAGUGGGCAAAAAGCAGGAGUUGGGUUUGCCUUAUUUUGCUCAUCGGAUUCAAUUUCUCUUUUGCAUCGUUUUCCUCUGGCCCCCAUCGGAGUCCAGGGCUGGGGAAAAGGACAGAUUUAUGCAGCUAUUUUCAUACAU